UUUGAUGUACGGUGAAACUUCUUUCCUCUCUGUUCCUUUUCUUCUCUGAGUCCUUUCAAAAAGAUACAAAAUGUCAAAGCCAAGAAUUAUAGGACAGCUUGUUAUUGUAGCCUAUAAAGCUAAAUAUUUACCGGAACGAGAAGUUGUAGGAAAACAGGAUCCUUUCGUUAUCUUUCGUAUAGGCGAAACAAUUGAAAGAACGAAAACGGAUUACCGUGGUGGACAACAUCCAAUUUGGGACGAUCAGGUUAUACUACCUAUUCCAGAGAAAAAGACAAAAGUUGUAUGUCAAGUUUACGAUGAGGAUGGUAAACGGCAAGAGCUUAUUUCAGAAACCGAAUUAGAUCUGACAAAAGUGUUGACGGAAGGGGAACAAGAUGGCUGGUUUCCUUUGAGUUACAAAAACAGAUCUGCAGGUGAAAUCUACUUAGAGCUGACAUUUUAUGCUGCUAGGCCACCGCCCAAAAGAACGCCAACGCGUUUUGGGAUGAGUAAACCGUAUAGGACAGCCGGAGGAUAUGUUCCAGCAACUGUGCCUCAACAAACUCGCCCUUAUAUCAGUUCUCCGCAAUAUCCCCCUCAACCAACCAACGGCAGACCACCGCACGGUCCAGUUCCCGUUGAAUCCCAAUCCACUCCAGUACAUCAAAAUCACCAAUAUCGACCGCCACAACAAUAUCGUCCACAGUAUCCUCCUCAACCCAACCCUACCCCUUCCAUGUCUAAUGGGUCGCAGCAUUCUUACUCAUCUCAACAAUCCUAUCCUCCUGUUCCUGUUCCCAGCAGUAGUACAGGUACCAAUGGUCGCCCUAUGUCAUAUGGUGGCUAUCGACCUCCUCCUUCAUCAACAGCUGCACCAUUGUUAACAUCUUCCUACAAGGCUACUCAUGAUAAUAAUAUGCCCGGUGGGUUUAAUGGAGGUUAUCCACCCAUGAAUAGUAACAACGGAAUAUACCCGCCUCAACAGGCUAAUUCAAAUAUGGCAGGGAAUAGAAAUAGCUACCCAUUGUAUGCCAACAGUCAUCCUCAUACCGGUUCAUACCCACCACAACAGUUGAAUGCGUUCCCUGAGCCGCAGCAUAUGUCAAUGGGAGGAUACGUCCCUCAUUCAGAUCCAGUUAUGGGUACGCCAUUUGCAGCUCAUCAAGGCAGUAGCAUACCUCUUCCUAAUAAUCAUCAAGGAUACCCUCCUCAUUCCCCCGCCUAUCCUCCAUAUUAAUUUAAGGUAGCUGACAAUACUGACUCGAUAUUGGUUUAAGAAAAUAUGAAUUAUGUAGAAUAUUAAAGGCAAAUAAUCACAGCUUAAAGUAUUGAUUUAACUUGAAGUAAAUACAUAGCUUGUCUUUUGCUUGCUUAUUUAUAUACACGAAUAUAUAGGAACACUAGUGAAUGUGUCUAAAUAUAUUGUUCAUUUCGAUUUGCAAUGCUUUCUGCUAAAGUAAAUAACAAUGGUUGAGG